ACCAACUCAAACACUUCACAAAAACCCUUUACUUUUUUUUUCUUCUCCUUAUUUCAAACAUGGAGUGGCAUAGAGGCCACACCAUAGGCCAAGGCUCAUCAGCCACCGUCUCCACCGCCACGUGCUGCGGUGGUGUCUUCGCUGUCAAGUCAUCGGAGCUGCCACAAUCAGAGCCUCUAAAAAAGGAGCAGAAAAUUUUGUCCUCUCUAAGUAGUCCUUAUGUGGUUGCAUACAAAGGGUGUGACAUUACCAUGGAGAACAACAAGCUCUUGUUCAACCUCUUCAUGGAGUACAUGCCCUUCGGCACGCUUGCUCAGGCGACUCGCCGGUGCGAUGGUCGGCUCCAGGAGCCGGCCAUUGCAUGCUACACAAGGCAAAUCGUGCAGGGGCUGGAGUACCUGCAUUCAAAAGGGUUGGUGCAUUGUGACAUCAAGGGUGCCAACAUCUUAAUUGGUGAAAAUGGGGCCAAAAUUGGUGACUUGGGGUGUGCCAAGAGUGCGGCGGAUUCCACGGGGGCGAUCGGCGGCACACCGAUGUUCAUGGCGCCGGAGGUGGCGCGUGGGGAGGAGCAAGGGUGUGCUAGUGACAUUUGGUCACUUGGGUGUACUGUGAUUGAAAUGGUAACCGGUGGUGCACCAUGGCCUAAUGUGGAAGACCCUUUUUCAGUGCUUUAUCACAUUGCAUAUUCUAGUGAAGUGCCCGAGAUUCCUUGUUUUCUAUCCAAAGAAGCAAAGGAUUUCUUGGGGAAGUGCUUGAGGAGGAAUCCACAAGAGAGGUGGAAGGCUAGUGAACUAUUGAAGCAUCCAUUUAUUGAGAAAUUGUGUUUCAAUAAGGAGGUUUUGGAGUCUAAUUCAAGUUCCCCAACAAGUGUUCUUGAGCAAGGCUAUUGGAGUUGUCUGGAAGAGUCAGAGAGUUUAGGCGAUUUGAUUCACAAAACAAGAAAGUUUGAAACUUUGGCUGCCGGGAGGGUCAGAAUGUUGGCUCUGUCUUCUGGGGUGCCCUAUUGGGCAAGACAUGAUGAUGAGAAUUGGAUCACAGCAAGAGGGAAUGGGGUUGAAGGUUUUGCCAAUUGUGGGGCAGAGACAGCUUCUUUUGCCAGUCAUGGGUUGUCUCACUAGGUGUUGGUGAAAGCAAUGUCACUGGUAGAAUUUUAGUGGACAUGCUUUUUAGGAUCACAAAUGUUGUAGAUUGUUAGUGUUGUAGUUAGUGAUCUCAUUUUUUGACGGAGGCAUUGCUUGGAUGCUAUUCUCUUAACAUAGAUUCUUUAUGAUUCAAUUAUUCAAUAUUUCAUUCUCCUCUGUUCUAUCAAUCUAUAGAUUCUUUAUGAUUCAAUUAUUCAAUA